UAUUGACACGAAGAAAAGCAAGUCUUAAAUACAAUUAUUAUUUCAUCUCAUCCCCAAAAAUUCAAUCAUCUUCUUCGAUUUCGCUAUCAAUUUCCUCUAUUAUUCGAUCAUCCAUUCCUUAAUCUACACAAUUCACAGAACUGUAGAAGCAAUACUACACUAGAAUGCUAUCUUGAAGAGUGGAGGCUUCAAGAAUUCAUUGCAAGAUUACGAUCGUGUGACCUUAAUAAAAGUCUUGACUGAUGGAAUCUACCAAAGAGACAGCGGCUCCAGAAGGCCCCAUCCUGUGCAUCAACAACUGCGGAUUUUUUGGUAGUGCAGCCACCAUGAACAUGUGUUCCAAAUGCCACAAAGAGAUGAUAUUAAAGCAGGAAAAUGCCAAACUUGCAGCUGACAUCAUCAAUGGUGGUGGUUCAGGGAAGGAUGUGGUAGCUGCUGCUGAUGUCAUCAAGACUGCCCAGUCAGCAGCAGCAGUGGAGUUGAACGUGGCUCUAAUUCAAGCACCACAUACUGAUGGCUCAUCGUCAACUCAGGUCCCUGAGGUGAAAGUGGGACCCAACAGAUGCUCCACCUGUCGUAAGCGGGUUGGUUUAACGGGCUUCAACUGCAAAUGUGGCAAUCUCUUCUGCUCUGUUCAUCGCUACUCUGAUAAACACGAGUGUCCCUUCGACUACCGCAGUGCUGGUCGUGAUGCCAUAGCCAAGGCUAAUCCUGUGGUCAAAGCGGAAAAGCUUGACAAGAUAUGAUAAGGGGAUUUGGUCAAACAUGCCUUGUGAAGUUGCCAAUUUAGGUGCCCUUGGUUAUAGAUUGUUUGAAAAUUUGCUUUUGAAGACGGGGCACAUUGUGUGUGUUGGGGUGGGGGUGGGGUGGGGUGGGGUGGGGUAGGGUAGGGUGGGGGGUUGUCAGUAAUGUAUUGCAUAGAUGGAUUGAUGGAUCUUGUUUGUGUUAAAACUGUAAUUUCUUCUCAUUAUUAAUCUCAUCUUGUGCUACUAUUGAAUGUUGUC